GUGAGUAAGCCUCCCUGUAAACUGAUCCUGGAGCUGCCUGCACGCGGAGCUCAGUCUGUAUGUGUGUCUGUAGCGUGUCGGACAUCUGAACCGCUUUCACUUCAGAUCCCUGGCUGAAGAUUUAACUCGUAUUUUUACAGAGAUUAUCCACUAAAUGCUUGUUUACCUGAGCUCAACCCCCGAGACUCCUCCUGCAGUCUCUAUGGAGAGACAAGCAGUGAAACGGGCCAGAGAGGCCUUCCUGAGCGGCAGGACUCGGCCGCUGGAGUUCAGACUGCAGCAGCUUCACGCCCUGCAGAAGAUGAUCAAAGAGAAAGAGACGGAGAUCUCCACCGCUCUCAAACAGGACAUCAACAGGAGUCAGUACGACACGCCGCUCCUGGAGCUGAUUGGCAUCGAGAACGAGAUCAAACUGGCAAUAGAAAAGUUGAAGGAUUGGGCGGCUCCCCGGUCAGUAGAGAGGAGCCUGUUUACUUUAAAAGACGAGGUUUAUAUCCAGCCGGAGCCGCUGGGAGUCGUGCUCAUCAUCGGGGCCUGGAACUACCCCUGGGCCGUCACCCUCCAGCCGCUUGUUGGGGCUAUUGCUGCUGGCAACGCAGCUGUGGUGAAGCCGUCAGAGCUAAGCGAGUUCUCGUCCCUCCUCCUCCGGGCUCUGCUGCCUCGCUAUCUGGAUAAGGACCUGUACCCUGUAGUGACAGGAGGUGUGUCAGAGACCCAGCAGCUGCUGAGGCUCAGGUUCGAUCACAUCUUCUACACAGGAAGCAGCACUGUGGGCAAACUGGUGAUGGAGGGUGCAGCUCGACACCUCACACCGGUCACCCUGGAGCUGGGAGGGAAGAGCCCCUGCUACAUCGACAAGGACUGUGACAUCAGGGUCGCCUGCCGUCGCAUCACGUGGGGAAAGUUUGUGAACUGCGGUCAGACGUGCAUCGCUCCAGACUACAUCCUUUGUGAGCCGUGCAUCCAGGGACAGGUGGUGGAGUGCAUCCGACUUACUCUGCUGGAAUUUUACGGCGCUGAUCCCAAGAGCUCACCGGACUACGGCCGAAUCAUCAACCAGCGUCACUUCAUCAGAGUCCUGGGUCUGAUGGAGGGUUACACUCCUGUGAUUGGAGGACAGAGCGACGCCUCACAGCGAUACAUUGCUCCCACAGUGCUGAAGGAUGUGCCCCCCCACUCCAGGCUGAUGCAGGAGGAGAUCUUCGGCCCGCUGCUGCCCAUCGUCACUGUAAGUGACAUGGACGAUGCCAUCCGCUUUGUCAACGAGCGAGAGAAACCUCUGGCUCUCUACAUCUUCUGCAAGGACAAGAAGGCGGUAAAAAGGAUGAUAGAGGAGACGACAAGUGGAGGAGUGACGGUCAAUGAUGUUAUGAUGCAUUACACGCUGAACUCACUCCCGUUUGGUGGAGUUGGUCAGAGCGGUAUGGGUUGUUACCAUGGCAAACACACCUUUGACCGGCUGAGCCACCAGAGGGCGUGUCUGAUCCGCUCUCUGGGCAUGGAGCACGUCAACCUGUCCCGGUACCCUCCUCAGGACCGCCGGCGAGCACGCAGGGCUCGGAUGGCGCUCAGGUCACCACUGAUCGACAUGUCAAAGAGGACGUUAAUCUGGGCCAUCAGCGCCACCGUCAUCGGCUUUGGCCUCUUCGUCACCCUGCUGGUCAUCCUCCUCAUCGCUGCAGGACUCAACUGCACCUGCUGGUACUACAGAGGCAUCUACAACUACUUCUGGUGAAACAUCUGAUUAUAAAACACGCUCUUCUUACAGUGUUCAACAGUCCAAACAAGUUUGUAUUUUGCUAUUGUUUGUUCAGAUUAAAAGAUUUAUUGAAGUGUUA